UGCAACUGUUACGUUGAAACGAAGCCGAAUUAUACUCCAGCCUGACUGCUGUUCGGAAAUUGACAAUUAAGUCGCAGGGAACUACACCAAAAUAUAAUCCUUGUGGAAAACCAACGCCAUAACAGCGCCAUCAGCGAGGUCAAGUGUAAUAAGAAGUUCCCACCGAGUCGAAAAUGUCGCUUCAGCGAAAUGUAGUAUCCUGGCUGGUUGUGGUUGUUGUUAUAUCGGGUGUGGCACAGUCACAGGACGAAACGACAACCGUUCAUCAUCAUAUGAUGUCCACUGAACAUGAACAUGACCAUGACGAUGAUACGAGCCACGAAAUGAAGAUGUACUUCCACACUGACAGUAUGGUUACGAUUUUAUUUUAUGAAUGGCACGUAAUGACCACUGGAGGAUGGAUUGGUUCGUGUAUUGUAAUUGCGCUGACUGCUGUACUAUAUGAGGGAUUAAAACAACUUAGAGAAUGGCUGGCUAGGGGAAGUAUGAAAAUACCCACCCAACAUUCCGUGUCGACAGGAACUUUAUCAAUCAGUGAAGUAAACCAAAUGAAAACUAAAAUGUCUCUCACGAAGAGUCUCAUUGAUUCAUACCACCUUUUGCAGACAGGUCUUCACUUAGUACAGGUUACUCUUAGCUACGCCCUCAUGUUGAUAGUGAUGACAUACAGUGUGUGGUUGUUCCUGUCCGUAGUGUUGGGUUUAACACUGGGUUAUUAUCUGUUUGGCUGGAAAAGAACCACAAUGACUGAUAUCAACGAACAUUGUCACUAA